AUGCUUCGAGGAUUGACAAGACAAGUGCAACGGGCGUCGGCGCUGCGUAGCGUCGCACACGAAGCAGCAUCGUUUCGACAGCAACAGAGGCUCGUACAACCCUCCGGCUCGGUAGUGCGUACGUUGGCAACAUCAACACGCGCCUUGAACAGCGCAAAGGACACAUCAGCAUCCACACAGCGAACCGAGUCGCAAGCUCCGCAAGCUUCGGAAGAGCCUACCUCUGAGCCUGCCCCGGCCGGCAGCAGCCAUGUUUCUGACGCUCUUCAUCCGGAGCUUUCUUCGCAAUCCGAUGCCGAGGCUUCCAUUUCUACCACGAGUGCUGGUAGACCUGCUGCAUCAACCAAUCUGGACGACAUUCUAGGCUCUGUCUCUGCUGUUUCGUCGCUUCCUGGCUCGGAACCAACCGGCUCGACCGAGUCGUCGACAUCGUCUUUCCGGGAACGAUCGUCACCUAUCGUUCGUGGCUCCGGAGCUUCUCGCUACUCGCCCACGCUCUUCUCGUCUACGUCGGCACAACCUCACCGUCUGUUCAUCAACUCUUCGCGCAACAACACUAUCCUCACGCUCACCUCGCCGUCGGGCGACCCGCUGGCGUCCGCCUCGGGUGGGAGUGUGGGCUUCAAGAAAUCGGCACGCUCGGGUUACGAAGCGGGCUAUCGCGCCGCGUUCGCCAUGUUUGGCAAAAUCAACGAGUUCAAAGACGCUUGGAGGAUGCAACACGUCGAAGUACUGUGGAACGGGUUUGGCCAAGGAAGGGAGGCUGUCUUCCGAGCUUUGUUGGCAGGAGAAGGUCAAGCAACCAAGGAACUCAUCAGCAAGAUGACCGAUAAGACACCGAUAAAGAUCGGUGGUGUGAGACCCAAGAAGCGUAGGAUGUUGUAG